UAUUUUAUAUAAAAUACUAUUCCAAUCAGAAAAUUAUUGAUCAUAAGAUAUUUAUCAAUAAUCAUUAUUUAGAAGUUUUUCAAAUAUUUCACAGGUAUUCCUGUUUGUAUGUUGUGUAUGUAUGUAUGUAUAGACUUAAGAACGGUCGGUAAUGUUUCACGCAUGAAAAGAAAUUAAAAAUUAUUAUUAAAUCGAUAUUAAUUUGACAGCACAUCAAAUAUUAAUUUAUUUAAUGGCACGUAGAAAAUGACUUUAUUAUACAGAUAAUUAAAAAAAAUUAUCAUUAAUAAAUCUUUUUGAUCCAUCGUCAUUUUGAUUUAAUUUGUAAAAGAGCACGGUAUUGAGCGCCAUCUGUACUGUAAAGUGUUUUUAAGAAAUGUUUUUAAACGUACGAUGUGUUUUAUCUAUCAAUUUAAAUGAUCGCAUAUUAUUAUCACAUAAGUUAAUCAAUAGUGAUUUAUAAUAGUGAAAUAAUAUUGUAACAAUUAUAAAUUAUCAAUACGUACAUCUGUAAAACAAAUUCCAAAAAAUGAAUACUAAACCUGUAUUUUCUAAACCUGGUAGUUCGGCUUGGCAAGAAGACAGGCCAGAUAUCGAUGUACAUUCUUCGACACAAUUUGUAUACAAUGCUCACCAUUCUCUUGCAUUGGAUAUGCAACGCAAACGUCUACCUAUAUUCAGAAAUAGAGAUCACAUCAUAUAUUUACUUGAAAAAUAUCAGACUCUAGUGCUGGUCGGAGAAACUGGAUGUGGAAAAAGUACGCAGUUACCACAGUAUCUUCUCGAGGCAGGAUGGUGCGAAGAUGGCAAAAUAAUUGGAAUAACAGAACCAAGAAGAGUUGCAGCUACAUCAUUGUCAAGUCGAGUUGCUGACGAACGUAACUGUUUACUUGGAACCGAAGUUGGUUAUUGCAUACGUUUCGAUGAUUGCACCAAUGAAUCUACCAAGAUUAAAUAUAUGACUGAAGGAAUAUUGUUACGUGAAUUAAUGAGCGAUCCAUUGCUGACAACGUAUGCAAUAAUUGUAUUGGAUGAAGUACAUGAAAGAUCUUUAAUGACUGACAUUAUUAUGGGGCUUUUGAAGAAAAUUAUUAGAAAACGCAAAAGUUUAAAGAUAGUUGUGUCCUCUGCAACAGUCGAUGCCGAACAAUUACGCGAUUUUUUUAAUAUGAAUACAACAAAGGAUUCUUCAAAGGAUACUGCUGUGAUUAUGAGCGUCGAGGGUAGAUUAUAUCCAGUAGAUAUUUUCUACGUCAGAGAACCAGUAGCAAAUUACGUUACGAGUGUUGUGGAUACCGCUUUAAAGAUUCACGAAGUAGAGGAACCCGGUGACAUUCUAGCAUUUCUCACAGGACUCGACGAAGUAGAUCAGGCAGUUUCUCUUCUAUCAGAACAUGCUAAACUUAUAAAGGAUGGAAAACUAAAACUACAACCAUUGGCAAUGUAUGGAUCUCUACCGAACAAUGAACAACUCAAGGUAUUCUGGAGAGCUGCCAAAGACACCCGAAAAGUUAUCGUGGCGACAAAUAUCGCUGAAACUUCAAUUACUAUUCCAAACGUCGUUUACGUGAUCGAUUGCGGCUUUGUCAAGAUGCCCUGGUUUGAGUCAGAAACGCAAACUAAUAGUCUUACUAUUGUACCCGUGUCUAAAGCAUCGGCUGAUCAACGUGCCGGCCGUGCGGGUCGAAUUCAAAGUGGAAAAACUUAUAGAUUAUAUACGGAAGAAGCUUAUAAUGAAUUACCAGAAGCAACCCCACCAGAAAUGCAAAGAUCGGAUUUAGCACCAGCGAUUUUACAAUUAAAAGCAUUGGGAAUCGAUAAUGUACUUCGAUUCAAUUUUCCAUCGGCUCCACCCAGUAAAAAUCUUAUAGCAGGCAUGGAAUUACUUUAUGCGUUAGGUGCUAUAGAUAAUGAUGGAGAACUGACGACACCUUUAGGCAUGACAAUGGCAGAAAUGCCAUUAGAACCUACUUUUGGAAAAUGUCUUAUUGUUUCCGGACAAAUGGGUUGUUCAGAAGAAAUUGCUUCGAUAAUAGCGAUGCUUCAAGUGCAAAAUGUUUUCAUUCGACCUGGCGGCGGUCAAGCCAUUGCAAAAGCCAGAGUGGCUCAUCGUAAAUUCGAAGUAGAGGAAGGCGAUCUUUUGACGUUAUUAAAUGUUUAUGUCGCUUAUGAGAAAAAUAAAACACCAAGUUGGUGUCAAAAGAAUUUUCUUAACAAUAAAGCUUUACGUAGGGCUUCGGAAAUUCGAGGACAAAUUUGUCGAAUGUUAAAGAAAUUGGAUAUUCCUUUGACAUCUUGCAAUGGAAACGUAGAACAGAUCUUGAAAUGCAUAACAACGGGAUUAUUUCCAAAGGCUGCAUAUUUACAUUAUACUGGUGUAUAUAAAACGAUCCGAGGGGAUAAGGAUUUAUAUAUCCACUCGAAUAGUUGCCUGUAUACUAUUCAACAGCCACAAUGGAUACUUUACUGUGAAAUAGUACAAACUAAUAAAACUUAUAUGAAAGAUUUAACUAUGAUACAAUCGGAAUGGUUAUUGGAAUUGGCCCCACAUUUUUACGAAAAAACUUCGAUCGAUCCGGUUUAAAUGAGAUAUAAUAAUUUGGUAAUUGAAUUCUAUUGGUCCACUGAUUCGACGAAAAUACGCAUGCGCACUAAGAAUUAAUUUUGCAACACUAGCGCCUCCAAAUCAACGG